UCUGUAUAAAAUGGGUGUGGUCGAAUCUCACCAUAUGAGACGUUGGAGGAUAUUUUACACACCGAAUCGUGAGUUUGUUUGUUUGAAAUUGUGCAAGUUAGAGGAUUUAUAGGCGCGCGCGCGCUAAUUCGGGGUGUCAGAAGGGCAUUGAUCGUUUCCCUGAAAUCUGUCCGGCUGGGGGGUUGGUGGGUUGGUUGGUUGCGGUUUGACACUGGAGAACUUAUGGGUGGUUUGUGCGCACCACCGGGGAGAUAGCCAAGAUUAAAAAAACAACAAAACCAAACAAACAAACAAAAAAAAGCAACAUUGUUGUUAUUGAUAUUAUUUACCUUGGCGCGCACGCAGCAUCCGUGCUUUGCGGUUUGAUUUGAAUAAUUCAUUCCGCGCAACGAAACACGAGAGAGAGAGGGAGAGGGAGAGAGGGAGAAGCACAGCCCAAACAGCAGAGAAAGGACGGACGGACGGACGAGGGUUUUAUUUCAAACCUCAUCUUCAUUUUGGAUUUCUUGUCUCCUGAGAAAAGAACAUUUUUGCGCAAAAGCCCAUCUCCAAGCUUUAUUGAUUAAAGAGACACCAAAACAAGCGGACACGCACACAGUCCUGGUGUGGGUUUGUGAUCUUCAGGUCCCAUUUGGAGAAAUGCAGUGAUUUAGAUUUUCUGCCCAAUUUAAAAAAAUAAUAAUAAUUUUUUUGGAGGCCUGAUUCACGGCCAUCAUGUGCGUGCGGCUCUGAACAGCUAUUUAUCAAGGACGAAGAGCCCGGACUGAAGCACUUCCUUCCUUCCUUCCUUCCUCACGCUCAGCUCUGGAGUGUUCCUGUACUGAGGCCGACAAGCUUCACGAACAGGUGGUUGCAGAAGUGACUGAGGUUAAAGAUCAAAGGUCAUUUCAAGAUGAGUGAGCUGGAGCAGCUUCGACAGGAGGCUGAGCAGCUGAAGAACCAGAUUCGAGAUGCAAGGAAAGCAUGUGGAGACUCUACACUUACUCAGAUAACAGCGGGACUGGACCCAGUGGGUAGGAUUCAGAUGCGGACAAGACGUACUCUCAGAGGUCAUUUAGCUAAAAUCUACGCCAUGCACUGGGGCUCCGACUCCAGGCUUCUGGUCAGUGCUUCACAAGAUGGCAAACUCAUCAUCUGGGACAGUUACACCACUAACAAGAUCCACGCCAUCCCGCUACGUUCAUCAUGGGUGAUGACAUGUGCUUAUGCUCCGUCUGGAAACUUCGUAGCCUGCGGUGGUCUGGACAACAUCUGCUCCAUUUACAGCCUGAAGACCCGCGAGGGCAACGUGCGAGUCAGCCGAGAACUCCCUGGACACACAGGUUACCUUUCCUGCUGUCGCUUCAUCGAUGACAAUCAGAUCAUCACGAGUUCUGGAGAUACCACCUGUGCUCUGUGGGACAUCGAGACAGGCCAGCAGACCACGCUGUUCUCAGGUCACAGCGGAGACGUGAUGAGUUUGUCUUUGUCUCCGGAUUCGCGCACGUUCAUUUCAGGCGCGUGCGACGCCUCGAUCAAGCUGUGGGACGUCAGAGACAGCAUGUGUAGACAGACGUUUACGGGCCACGAGUCCGACAUCAACGCUGUGUGUUUCUUCCCCAGCGGCAGUGCAUUUGCCACAGGCUCAGACGACGCCACGUGCCGCCUGUUUGACCUGCGUGCGGAUCAAGAGCUCGGUCUUUACUCGCACGACAACAUCAUCUGCGGCAUCACGUCUGUGGCGUUCUCGCGCUCGGGCCGCUUGCUGCUCGCCGGCUACGAUGACUUCAACUGCAACAUCUGGGAUGCCAUGAAAGGGGACCGUGCAGGAGUCCUGGCCGGGCAUGAUAAUCGCGUGAGCUGUCUUGGCGUGACCGAUGACGGCAUGGCUGUGUGUACUGGCUCCUGGGACAGCUUCCUCAAGAUCUGGAACUGACAUCUCUCUCUCACACACACAUACAUGCACACUACCACACACACACACUGUAUGCCUGUUUUACUGUAUAUAUACAUACACACACACACACACACACACACACACAUGCACAAACUUUGACGCAUAUUGUAUAUAAUAUAUUAUGCCAACUAGGUAUCUUGAGUUUACUAUGGUAAUUGCUUUGUAUACAUAACCACACCUGAAUCUGUACACCAGUAACUGUGGAUGCAGGUCACAGGUUUGACCCACUGAAACUAAACACGAAUGUUCCUUCUUUUUCUCUCUCUCUCUCUCUGUAUAUGCUUGCAGAGAACUUACACAACGUAGAAUAUACAAACGCUUAAAGGUAGACUGCCGUUCAGAUUUUCCAAGUUUAGGUCAUUAAAAAUGUCCUUGACACCCAAUUAUUUUUGUUUAGUGGACUGAAAGCUACCGAAUUCAAAUCACAGACUUCCAAUUUUUAGUUUUUUUUUUUUGAAUACAGUCCCUGACAAAAGUCUUGUCGCUUGGGUACAAGUUGACCUUAAGUGCCCCUCAAAUAUAUGUAAUCAAAUUUUUUUUUUUACAAGAAAUGGCCAGGGGGCGGCACGGUGGUGUAGUGGUUAGCGCUGUCGCCUCACAGCAAGAAGGUCCGGGUUCGAGCCCCGGGGCCGGCGAGGGCCUUUCUGUGUGGAGUUUGCAUGUUCUCCCCGUGUCCGCGUGGGUUUCCUCCGGGUGCUCC